GAUAUGGAAUUACUUCCGGCCGAUUGCCUCAGAGAAAUAUUUAAGGUCUUACAAGAUGAUACCAGUUCACUAUAUUCGAAAAAAUCGAGGUCAAUUCUGAAAAUAUUGGUCACAUGCCUACCGGAAACUUCGAAAAAUAUCCUGUUAAACAAUAACAUCGACGUCUCAUCAUUCACGUCACGAAGGCCUCUGCUAUUCCACUACGUCAGAUAUAUUCAAUCUCUUUCAUUCAAAAACAUAUUGCACUUGGGAGUCACACUAUACAAAUCGGGCAAUGAAGAGAUGCCGAAUCAGUCAGAUAGCCGAGAUGACAAAUUAAAGCAUCAAGUAAGCUCGAGGGAUACAUAUUGCAUACAGCUAAUACUACAAGAAUUUUUCAAGAUGUUCAUGAGUCAAUGCGUGAAUUUCAAGUUCCUUGAUCUUCGUAACCUCAAGGUAACAUUUCCUUAUUUUCUUGGGGCCGAUAAAUGUUUGAUGGGACUGCGUGAACUGCAGUGUGAUUCCAAAAUAUCCUCCGAGAUUUUUUGUCGUUUAGCACAAAUCUGCAGAAACCUCGAACAUAUAUCUGUGGAGUGUCACGAGGAAUUUGAUAAUCUGGGACUAGCUGUUUUGAUCGAAUGUCAGAGAAAUUUGAAAAAAGUGGAACUUGUAGGUGUCAUCGGAAGCAGGUUUUAUUCGGGAUUUAAUCUUGCGCAGUCUGUGGCUAAGCAAGCAAAUUCAGUGCAUCACCUGUUACUCAAAGGAGAAACGCCGUGUAUUCCUCUGAGCAUUAUAUCACCGUGUAUCAACAUACGGAUACUGGAUCUACAUUUUGAGCACGAUAGAGUUAUCAAUAUUUUUGAUGACCUGGAGUCAAUUUCAUUUCCAAAUCUCAGAGUUCUUCGAGCAGGAAAAGGGUUUCCCAGAUUGCACAUACUCGAGGGAUUCAUCGAAAAGAUAGAUGGAUGCCUGGAAGAAUUGGUAAUAUAUGGUGAACGCCCUCCAAUUACCGAGCCUAGAUUAGAGUUUAAUCGAAUAUUGACCAGUAAUUGCCGAAAACUUCGAGUUCUCACCCUGUGGUGCAUGACACUCAACCUAAAUUACGUCAAAGAGAUAUUGAUUUCGUGCAGAGAUUUGGAAAUUCUGUCGAUACAUAGCUGCAUAGAGUAUGAAGCAAGAAGGGUAUUCGAGGUGCUGAAAGAUUCUGCACCGACAAAAUUAUCCAGAUUACGAUUAGAGGGCAGGUGGAUUUGGGAAAAUUCUGCAACUGCCCUGGUGGAAUUUUUGGAAUUCUGGAAAGAUACAAGACUUUAUCCGUCAGUCUUCUACCUUCAG